CCACGUGACCUCCGUAUUCUUGGAAAGUUCCUGGAAACCCUCCUCUGUGUUUACGGUCCUCCGGUGAUUAACGGCGCUCUGUCCCCGGUGAAGAGACGCGGAGGACGGACACUUUGUUCCGGAGACACUCGGUGCUUUACAAAUAAAUCGUUGCUUGUUUGUUUUUUAUGGUUUUUUAUUUACUAUCUCGCUGAAGCGUGUGUUUCUGACGACGCGCCAUUUGUGCCAAACGAGGACCGAGAACCGGAGAGAAAAACACCGACUCUUGUGAGGAUUUUAACCCGUAAAUGUGACGCCAUGACGGACUGGUCAUGGCAGAUAAACUGGCACCGCUGGUUCUGAGCCAGCCGUCUUUACAGCUCCAACCCCGAGACCCUCAGUCCUGCUUCCAGGGUCAGGGCUGCAUGUGUUCCUCUGUCUCCAGUUCAUCCGGCUACAGGAUCGUCCCAUGAACGAGCUGAAGGGCGGACCAGUUCUAGACUGAGAGGCGGACCAGUUCUGGACUGAGAGGCGGACCAGUUCUAGACUGAAGGGCGGAACAGUUCUAGACUGAAGGGCAGACCCUAUUUGGGCAGAAACUUGGACCAGAUCGAGGCUAAAGGUCGGACCUGAGUGAGCCCAGCUCCGGGCUGAGGCUUGGACCUGCCCGAUGACCUGCCAGUCCUCCGAGUCCACGGAAAGCAUCGAGAACAACCGGCGUUCGGACAGCAACUCGAGGGCGGUGGAAUCAGACGAGAGCCGCAUCGCCUCGGCCAUGAAGGACCUGAAGAACACGGGCUGGUACUGGGGCGGUCUGACGGCGAACGAGGCCAAAGACAUCCUGCGGGAGACGUCAGAGGGGACCUUCCUGCUGCGGGACUCGUCUCAGAGCAACUUCCUGUUCACCAUCUCCGCCAUGACGUCGGCCGGCCCGACCAACCUGCGCAUCGAGUUCAAACACGGGAGGUUCAAGCUGGACUCGGUGCUGCUGGUCCGGCCGCGGCUGCGCACCUUCGACAGCGUGGUCCACCUGGUACAGCACUACGUCACACUGUCCAGGUCCGGAGAGCGGGCCAAGAGCUCUUCGUCCACUGUGAACUCCUCCUCCUCCUCUUCCUCCUCGGUGCAGCUGCUGCUGACCCGCCCGGCAUACACCGCCACGCCGCCUCUGCAGCAUCUGUGCCGCCUCGCCAUCAACAGCCGGACCCGCCGGGUUCAGGACCUGCCAUUACCCAACAGACUGAAGGACUACAUGAGAGACUAUAGCUACCAUGUUUAGCGCCAGGCUGCUAGCUUAGCACGUUAAAUGGCUUGCUAACAAGAUAACGCCUCUGUGAAGGUCUCCAGCUGACGUUUGAAACAGGAACUAAGCUAACCAAUACCUUCUCAGACUCACUAGGCUCCAGGUUCCCAGUGGUAGAGCCCAGAUCCUUCACUUCUGCUACAUCGUGUCGCUACGAGCUAGAAGGUUAGCACAUUAGCUCACUUGGGUUACAAGAGAAUCCCUCUCUGAUGGACAUUUAACAGGAAGUAAGACGAGACUGAAGGACCACCUGAGUGAUUACAGCUCCAGGAUGUAGCUGGCACGUUAGCUCGCCUGCUAACAGGAUAAUUCGUCUGUGAUGGUCUCCAGCAUUUAAAACGGGAAGUGAGGCGACCACUAACCCCUCACAUUCAUCCACAUGUUCCAGAGUUAUUACUCAGAUUCUUCAGUCCUUCGAUCCUCCGCUACAAGCUGCCAAUGUGUCGGUUAAACUUCCUGACGAAAGGGAAACUCAACAACACACAGAAACCUUUACGACAUCUGGAGGUCCUUUCUUCUUCUCUGGUUCUUUAUCGGUCAGUCUGACGGUUCACCUUAAAGUCACAGAAAAUAUCUGAGACACGGGUAGAGACUUUUAUAUGAGCUCUACGGGAUCUCCCGACCUUACGUUACUUCCAGAACAUAGUGACAUCACUUUGGAACACUCGCGCUCCAACACAUUGUUCGUGAUAGGCUGAGAGGCGGGACAUCUCUCAGCAGGUUGACCAAUCACAACAGAGCCGGCCAGCUUCACUCAGUCUGCACUGAGGUGGAAAUAAAUGUAGGGGUUAAUAAUCUUUGUCAUUAUCAAAUAGUGUCAGAUAAUAUUUAAUGUUUUUAUGUAAAUUAAUUUAGUUAAUAAAACCUCAGAGAAAAACAAUUACUGGAGCCAAAAGUCUUUGUUUUUAAUGAUUAUUUUAUCCAAUCAAAAGUCCCCAAAUAUAUUUUAAUUUAUUUAAAUUAUAACUUUUUCAGCAUUAAGUUGGUUUUGUUUAGUUCAAAAUAAAAGCUUCUUUAAACCCAAAUAAAUCUUCAAAUAUUAUUUAUUUAUUAUCAAUGCACUGAGCUGUAAAGUCUCUAAAAUAUUACCAAAAAGUUAAAAUAGUUUAAAAAAAACCAAAAAUCAACAAGAAAACCAAAAUAUUUCGAUUUUACAAUUUAAAAAAUGUAAAUAUUUGUAAGAUUUGUUUUGUAUUUAAAGAACGAUCGCUUUACUUUGUUGUGUUGGACCAUCAUAUAAUAUACAAGUAAACAAGUCUAUGUAAGACAUAAUACACAUCGGAUGAAACUGAGACCCAAAGCGUUCUUUCACUUUAUAUUGCCAUCGUUUCUCCGCAGUGGGUUUGUUGUUGUUGUUGGAACGGAGGCCUCUGGUUGGCUGAGGGGCGACCUCGAGAGUUCACGGAGUUCGCUCUGAUCAAUGAGAAUUAAAAAAAACUCAACCUGCUGCUGGACUUUGGUCCGGAUCACACCCUUCACACGUUUACAAAAAAAUAAGAAGUAAAUAAAAGGCUUUUUUCGGACCAUUUGUGUCCUAAAUGUUGGGGAAUGAAAAGCACAAAAAACUGGAUUCAUUUUUGCCCCUUGGAGUGUGGAAGACAGAAGCUGCCAGCAUAUAAAAGCAAUUAGAAAAUACUUGAAUAUGACGUUUAAUGAACCAUGAUUGUAUUUACUUCUUUCCAAAUGCAGGGAAUUUUAUUGUUAUUCCAUUAUGUAAAUACAUAAAUAAAUACAUGCAUUUUGAUGGAAAACAAACUGCAAAAGUUAGUAUAUUUAAAUAUUAAAUGAGAAAAUAAAGAAUUGGGGCAACUAAUACAACGUUAAAUGAUAAGUCAUACACUUGUUUAUAUAUAUAUAUAUAGACUUUUUAAUUAGUAAAAGAUAUAUUUUUAGUUUAAAUUUAAUAACAUUUAUUUAUUCAAGUAAUUUUAAUCGUUUUUCAAAUCGGCAGCUUUUAUCCUCCAUACCCUUUGCCUUCAUGGCACAAAUAUCUGGAAUUUCAUUUUGAAUUCACUUAAGUUUUACCUAAAUUUGAAAACCUUUCUGUGUAUAUUUUAAACCCGCUUGUUUCUGUGACUCUUAACGUAAUCCUCAAACUAAAUCAGCUGCAAGUUUUUAAUAUUUUGACGUCAAUCAUUUAAAUUCAUGUCAUUUCCCAGCAGGUGGCUCAGGUAAUCAGGACUUUAUUCACAUUUCUGUUGAUAAAUGUUUCAUUUUGUACGCUGAACUAAUCUCCUUCAGAUUUCUCUCUAAAGUGUAUGUUGUUAUAAUAAAAACCUCUGGAAAUAA